CCCCUUCUCCUUCACCGCGGCCGGUGGGCGCGCUAGCGACCGCGGCGGAGGCGGAGCGGCGCCGGCGCGGGCGUGGUGACCGUACGCGGCUGCGGGGCGGGCGAGUCCUCCGCUCUCGUCCAGGGGCGUCCUAGAGCGGCCCCCCCGGGGAGGCAACCCCGGAAGACCGUCAAGAAAUUGCCCCGGGGGCGGGGAGGGAGGAAAGCCAGGCGCUCCUGGUAACCCGCCCCUCCCUCGUCACGCGAUCGCGCGAGGCGGAAAGAGGCAACCCGAGGUCGCCGCGACGCCCCGACAGGUUGGCGAGGAGGAAUCUUCAGAAAUCCCGCCCAGCUAUUUGAGAUGCUGCCCAAACCUGGGAUCUAUUAUUUCCCUUGGGAAGUCAGUGCUGGCCAAGUUCCCAACGGGGGCACACUGAGAACAUUCGGCAGGCUGUGCCUCUAUGAUAUGACCCAAUCCCGAGUGACGCUGAGAGCUCAGCAUGGAUCUGAUGAGCACCAGAUCCUGGUCUGCACCAAGUUGGUGGAGCCGUUCCAAGCCCAGAAGGACUCCCUGUACCUUGUCCUUGGAGAGCUGGAGCACCAGGAUGGAGGCUCCGUGGUGAAGGCCCGGGUGCUGACCUGUGUGGAAGGAAUGAAUCUCCCCUUGUUGGAACAAGCCGUCCGGGAGCAGAGGAGCUCUGCGGCUAUGGAUGUGUUCCAGAAGGUGGAGAAGAUCGGAGAGGGCACCUAUGGGGUGGUGUAUAAGGCCAAGAACAAGGAGACAGGGCAGCUCGUGGCCCUCAAGAAGAUCAGGCUGGAUCUGGAAACCGAGGGAGUUCCAAGCACGGCCAUCAGGGAGAUCUCCCUGCUCAAAGAGCUUAAGCACCCCAACAUCGUCAGGCUGCUGGACGUGGUGCAUAGUGAGAGGAAGCUUUACCUGGUGUUUGAGUUCCUCAGCCAGGACCUGAAGAAGUACAUGGACUCGGCCGCAGCCUCCGAGCUGCCCCUGCGCCUGGUCAAGAGCUACCUCUACCAGCUGCUGCAGGGGGUGAAUUUCUGCCACUCUCAUCGGGUCAUCCACCGCGACCUGAAGCCCCAGAAUCUGCUCAUCAACGAGUUGGGUGCCAUCAAGCUGGCUGACUUCGGGCUGGCUCGAGCCUUUGGGGUGCCCCUACGCACCUACACCCACGAGGUGGUGACACUCUGGUAUCGUGCCCCUGAGAUCCUCUUGGGCAGCAAGUUCUAUUCCACAGCUGUGGAUGUCUGGAGCAUUGGUUGCAUCUUUGCCGAGAUGGUGACCCGCAGAGCCCUGUUUCCUGGCGACUCUGAGAUUGACCAGCUCUUCCGAAUCUUUCGGACCCUGGGGACACCCAGUGAAGCCACGUGGCCAGGGGUCACCCAGCUGCCUGACUAUAAGGGCAGUUUCCCCAAGUGGACCAGGAAGGGGCUGGAGGAGAUCGUGCCCAGUCUGGAACCAGAGGGCAAGGACUUGCUCAUGCAACUCUUGCAGUACGACCCCAGCCGGCGGAUCUCAGCCAAGGCUGCCCUUGUGCAUCCAUACUUCUCGUCCACGGAGACCUCCCCGCCCCCCCACCAGUGCGUGCUGGAGCGGUUCUGCCGCUGAGAAGGCCGGGGCUUCCCAGCCUCUCUCCAGCCUCCCCACCCACUUCCCAAGAAAGAGAGCGUAUCUGGGAGAGAGCAAAGCUCUGAGGAAUCUGGCCUCAGCAGCCAAGGGGGCUGAGUUUGGGUUAGUUCUGCCCCCACGUUAGCAAGUUCUCGUGUUGUUGGUUGGGUUUGACGAUGCCGUUUCGAGAUGGGGGCAUGGACGCUCCAUGCACCAGGGUUGGAAGGGGGUAUGUUAGAGACUGCAUCCCCUGGCUCUGGAACAAGUCGCCGGGGAGAGCUCGAAGGCGGCCCCACCUGGCCGCAAGGCGGAGCCAGACAACCCCCCUCCGGAAAGGGUGCCCCCUGCUCGUCUUUAUGGCUUUAAAAUGUUUUUUGGGGAAGAGUUGCAUUCCGGCGAAGAGUCCAAGUUAAACAGGAAGCGGGGGCAAGGGAGAGAGAGGACAUUUUCCUGAUCCCAGGGUGGGUGAGGGUGUGUGUGGUGGUUCUGAGUUGUUGCCUCGUACUUAGGAAAUGCUUAUGUUCGUUCACCCCUGGU